AAGUUAUUACGGAAUCGAAAACUUGGAUGGAAGUUAUCACAGAAUCGAAAACUUGGAUGGAUACCAGUAAAUUGAACGCUCCAAAAGAAGAUACCAAGGAAUCGAUAAAUUUUAUGGAGAAUUUUUAUUUUUAUAACAAUAACUCGAACGCUCCAAAAGACGAAGCAGCGAUAUACUUCCGGUAUCUUAUGAGUGUUAUUAAAGCUGAAGCAUCUACAUAUGCUUCCUUCCUUCCUAAAAAUUGGUGUGAAUAUAACAUACCUAUAAUAAUGAAUCAAUUGGAAUUAAAGACGCCUACUGUUGAAAGUAACAAAACUAUUGAAAGUUAACCAUUAGAUAAUAAAAAUAUGUUAAAUUGAUUUAAUGAACAUAGUUAUGUCAUGAUUAGUUAAUCAUCUGAUAUGUUGAAAUAAUUAAUAUACUAACUUAACUGAACCAAUUAAAUUGUAAUUUAAGUAUUUACUUUUAGGA